AUGCUGAGCGUGUCCCUCCUCCGAGACGUAGAAAAGCGCGCACUGCGGCGCCGGAAGGAGGAGGGAUACACGCAGAAGAGCAACCAUCCUCCGCAGAAGAAUGAAGAAGAACUGAAGGAUAUUUUAAUUGAGUUGCCAAAGUUGCAUGAACGAAACGACAAGGAAGUAAUCUCCGCUUUGGUGAGGAGUUUCCUGGACAAGAACCCAAAGAGUGUCCUUGCGUAUGAGCUGUUCAGUAAGUUCUACGUGAAGAUCGGGGAUUAUAAGUCGGCCCUGAACCUGCUCUAUGCUGCCUUGUACCUUGACCAGAAGAAUGAGAAACUGGCUAGCUUGCUUAAACUGUGUGAGGAGCGCCAGGUGAGCAAGGAGGCCAGGAUCCCCACGAAGUACAAGGAGCGGAUCUGCUACCCGGAGAGGCGCAAAGAACUACCCUUCCCCUCGGCGGCCACAUUGGAUGGUGAAGGAAGCGAUGGUAGAAACGAUGGUAGAAGCGAUCGUAGCAACGUUGGAAGCGACGCUGAAAGCAGUGACAACCAGCCCGAACGUAACAACUUGGUGAAACUCCUCCCGGCAAAGCAGCACAUCGCCCUAGCAAAAAGAGACAUGGAGCCAGGCGAAGUGGUCCUCCAAGUUAAGCCACUAAUACUAACCCAACACAUCUUCUGCAACAGCUAUGUCUACCCAACCUGUUACCACUGCUUGAAAGAAAGAAACCUCUCCAACAAAUGCUACCAAUGUCCCGUAAAUCCACACACAUGCACACACAUCUUCUGCAGUUGGAAAUGUUUGGCACAAAAUAUGAAGGUACACAAGGAGGAGUGUCCUAUCCUUCCAAUCAUUUCCGCUGCUGCGAAAGAAGCAAAGCUGAUGCUUCAUGUGGUACUUCACAUAUUUCGUGUCCUCAUUAAAGUGAGGAUUGACAAAGAAUACAAAGACAAGGAGCAACAAAUUCUAAAGGACCUCUUCUUAAAUGAGUCCUUUUACCAAGUGGUUAAGGCGAAUCAAGUUGAGCUAUUCAAUUCAUUUAACACCUUAGCUAAUCGGAUUAUUUUAGAGUUCCCUUCGUCUUUUUAUCUCCACUUGAAACAGAAGGAGCUUGUUGAAUUUAUGCUCAUCGUAUGGCAAUACUCUCUCUCCGUUAAGUAUUACUCUCCCUCCUCCAUUAUUAAGCAAGUCAACCCUGAAACGACCUUUGGGUUAGUUUUCUCCCCCGAGGUGGCUAAACUGCAUCACAGCUGUGUUCCAACUUGCUCCUUCCAUUACGACGAGGAAGGACUUAUAACCAUCAGAUCUAUUUGUAAUAUACCGCAAGGAGGUAAACUGUGCAUAAGCAUUUUAUCGGACCAGUAUGUACCCCUCAGUGUUAGAAAGAGCUUCCGAGGAAUGGCUCGUCUUUUCAGUUGUGGGUGCAUUAGGUGCACCGACUCAACGGAAAAUAAUUUGCACCUUAGGAGUAUGAAGUGUCCUAGGUGCGUCCAAGGUUAUAUCUACCCGAUGAAGACGGAGGCGCUGAUUGAGGCGCUCAACAUGGAGGGGGGACCAAAUCAUCGCAAUUGUGACAAGGGAGACGAAGUCGGUAAAAAAAAACUAGCCAAUAAUGGAAAGGAUACGGUCAAAGAGGUGACACGCAAACUGGGGGGAGAUGCAGAACGGUGGUUGUGCUCAAACUGCGGGAAGCUGUCCCUCCAGGGGAAUAAGCGUUGCGUGCGUCUGGAGAGAAGUAUCUACACCCAGUACCAAGAAGCGGAGGAGAAAUACAUGCAGGGGGACAUCAUCCAGGCGAAGAAGAAGCUCCUACAGAUACACAACGAAGUGCAGUACCUACUGCACCCGAAUCAUCAUAUCCUGUUUAACGUGCACACCUUACUAGCAGGAUUGAUGAGACACGAUCAUAACAGACAAUUGCACGAGUCACUAAUCUUCCUUCGCAAGGCAGUUAUAGCGGCGGAAAAUGUCCUCCCUGUAUGCUCACUGGAGAAGGUCCACCUGUAUGCACAUCUGGCUCACUACACCUUCGACUACUCUAACCACUGCAAGCUGUACAUGAAGGAAGGGGGGAUAGAUGCAGAAUCCGUGAUAGAACCCAUUUUUGCGUCUAUCUGGAAUGCAGCCGUAACAACGGGGUAUAACUCAACCCUGACUAUUGCGCUAAUCCAACAAAUGAGGAACUAUGCCACCUGCUUCAAUGUGUACAGUCCCUACAAGGAGAUGGAGUUCUACCUUAACAAGAAGGAAGAGUUCAGUCACUUCUACCACCAUGUGACGCAGAAAAAAAACGAGUCGUACAGGCAAAUUAGAAAAAUAAUGAAGGAGGAUCCGUUCUACCCGAUCUAUAUGGCAUGCCAAUGUUUCGACCUGGACUAUGAGAGGGAAAAUUAUGUGGCGCACAUUUUCAAGCUGUUUAAGCACAUGCAAUACGUCGGAAAUGGACAAAACGCACUCUCCAUUGCGGCAUCUUUUGGGAACGUAAAACUGGUAAAGCUUCUCCUAAGGAUGGGUUAUUCUCCCUUUUCGAAGAAUGAACUACAUAUGAAUGCUCUUCUACACAUGGCUAGUUCUUUCCUUCCAUCGGAGGAUCAGAAUCUUUACUCCAAUUACAUCCCCAUUUUGUUACAAGAGAUAGAAUCACAAAAAGUGCAGCUGGACAACUUCGAAGGUGAAUACGCCAACCUGUUGAAUGGGGAGGACAAACCAAAUCGUCGAGGGGGUGCCACAUUAAUGCCUACGCAAGACCGAUACGCUAAUUCGCACCACUACACAAACGACAUAGAGAGACCCUUCCCCUUCGGGGAUCUCCUCCAGGACGAGGAGUUCACCUACGGACCAGCUAGCAGCAGGUUAGACAACAACCAGAAAAUUAUCCUCACCAUUCUUCUAAAACAUUUGGAUGCGAAGCAGAUGUAUAAGAGGAGGAAGUACAGGGAAAAGCUCAGACUCAACGAACGCGUUAACCUCGCCGCUGUGGGAAGACGCCGCAAGGACGUAACGCAUAAACCAUAUGGAGUGCACAAUUCACACGCGUUACUCUCUGAUCCACCCUCCAACUACGUCACUACUACCAACAAGAGGGGAAAAUCCAAUCAGGAAGAAGUAAAAAAAGGAGCAGAAGAGAGGAGCAUCCUCCACACAGGCAUACGAACCGACCGUCACACGGUUAAUCAUCGUAGAAGGAGACAACCCGUCGGAAGUGAAGAAGAUGUAGACAUGGAUUCAUCAAAAAGUGAUAACCUUAAGGAGAAAAAAAAAAAAAAAAAAAAAAAUUUUUUGAAUAAUACAAGGGGGAGAAACAACUCAGAUGAAAGUUGUACCUCCCCCAUGUGCAGCAGCUUCGAUUCUGGGAAGUCAGACGACGUCCUAAACAACAAGGUGAAACAUUACUAUGUGCAGAAAAUUCUCACAAAGUCUAUUUCGCAUAAAUUGCUAGGUUUGAACAAUGCACUUCACUACGCAUGCACGAGGGGGAAAAGGAAGCUAGCGAAACAGCUCAUGAUCUGCGGUGUGCCAGUAAAGCUAAUGAACAGUGAAGGCAGCACAGCUUUGCACAUGGCGUCAUUAAGCGGGCACAACGAAAUUGUAAAGACCCUACUAGAGUAUCACACUGAAGUCGAUGCAAUGACGUUCCAUGGGGAAACUCCACUCAUGUUAGCUGCAUACGGUUUGCACCUCCAGGUGGUAAAGACGUUGGUGGCAUACGGCGCACAAGUUGUUCUAAAAAACAAUGAUAACGUUACUGUGUUGCAUUGCCUGGUACAAGGACUGCUGCGGACACAUACAAUUUACUACGACCACAGAGCAUAUCACAACGAUCUAGUAUCUGCCCCUGUUGGGGGACCAUUCAUGAAGAGAGCCACUUGCAAAGGAUUGUCUAGUCGAAGCAGUCACCAUCUCACUGCACACAUACCCAUUGUAGAGGACCUACCAAGCGACCUUCUACUUCUUCCGUUUAAAUUACUGCAUAGAAUUAAGAAGGGCAUCACGAUACUUAAACUUCUAGUAAUGCACUGUCCCUUGUAUUUGUAUGAAGUGAAAGACAUAAAUGGAUACAAUCCUUUUGAGAUGCUGAAGGCUGCUUGGAGGAAGGUCUGUGAGAGACGCAUAUGCAUGUUGGCCAACGCCGACCUCAGGUUGUCUGCCUUUACUGACCACCAGAAGAAUAUCGUCUCUCAGGGGUGGACCCUCAUCACGGCACUGGUAAAUAUGAUGCUGUCCAUUUUACGCCCCGAUCGGUCAGUGCUCACCUCCAUCUAUGCGAAUUUCCUUGGGGGGGAGGUCAUACCACAGGUAGGGGCAACCAAGCAGGGGGAGACUUCCCCAACUGGGGAGGAGAAAACACAACCUGGAGGGACAACACAACAGGGGGGGACUACCCCAAAUGGGGAGGAAAGUUCCCCCCCGAAGGAGCCCACUGCCAAGAUGAACCCCCCCACGGAACCCAAAUCUGCCACGAGCGAAAAGGCAACAAUCGUCCCGAAAAAAAUGUGGCCCAAGAAGGCAAAGCUGCCCCCCCCUCCGAAGAAGCAGUAG